AUGGCCCAGUCAGAGGCGUGUGAUCCAAGAACUGAGGUCCUGGCCGGCAGCCGGCACCAUAGUGGUAGUGUCAGCAUGGAAGGCGUCGGUAACCAACCUCCAAGUCCUGUUACAAUCGGCACUGGUAAGAACUCCUCGCAGUUUGUCAACUUGCGGAUACGGUUUGAAGAUACUGCCAGUGGCAUCAGCGGCCAUAUGUCCAAGGCAUCUGGUCCUCCUUUAGGUGCCAGCGUCAGUAAGAUCAAGGAGAAAUUUCAGAAAAAUGAGGAAAAAGGACAUGGUGAUGUUCAUCCAUCGUUUUCUAGCAAUUCUCUGCCACGUUCCUCAAGGAGUAAAGACAGUGGGGACAGAUCUCCAGAGACAAAGAAAAUGAAGGUGACAGAUGGCCAAAGUCAUUCUCUGGAUUCAAAAUUGAAGAACUCAUUGACAGACAGUAAGUCUGUAAGUGGCCAUGUACCACACUACACACGGACGCCACCUCUGUCUCCGACACAUUCUUCCACCACAAGUCUGCACACUGCUCAUUUGCUGCCUACUUCCACAUUGAAUGCCAUUUCUGGGUCUCGGAGGCGGAAAACUGAUGAAGCUAGCAGUUCUCAAGGGCUUGAGAUACAAUUAGAUGGCCAGUUGACCAGCUCUGAGCCGUCACUGCUGGAGACCACAAAUCAUGUGCAGAGGUUUAACUACACCAGGGCAAUGUUUGCUAGGAUGGAGGAGGAGACAAGGAGGGCCCAGGAGAGAGAGAAAAUCAUCCGUAGAAAGCCUUCCCCGUCUCGACCUUUUCCUGGCAACUCACCUCCAAAGCUCUCCUCAGUUCCUGUCUCAUUUGGCCAGGAAAAUAAAAAACAACUGCCGACCACCAGAGAACGUGAUUCUAGAAGGCCAAAAUCAAUGAUUGAUUAUCCUUCAGAACCGAUGUCUUCUUCUUCACAGUCUUUCAAACGUGUGAGUGAUUCAGGCAGUUCACGGGAAAGCAGAAGUGAAGACAAAAAAUAUAAUCAAAAUGGUAAUUAUUCUGCUCAGGGUGCUUCGCGCCAGCAGAAUGAGAAACAAAAUCUUGUGGACUCAUCUAAAGAUGAUCAGAUUCUUCGGUCUAGGUCAUCUAAAGAUGAUCAGAUUCUCCGCUCUAGGAGACCUAAUCGCUCUCCUGUCAAGAGAGAUGACAGUGGUGAUCGCUCAGGAAAAUACUUUCAAAAUUUGGAUGAGUUAAAAUCCUUGGAACAAAAACCAGAUGAGAGGACUAAAGUUGAAAGUACAGCGACUGACUUGAAUAGACAGACAUCAAACAAAGCAGACAACCAUCUGGAUAGAGUUGAUAGAUCAUCCCCUUCAGUUUUAUCAUCAUCUCCACCACCAACACUUCCUCACAGUUCCAGAUUAGGACAUUCCAUCCGACCUGGCUACCGGGCUCGAACCCAGGCCUCGUCUGCAGGGCUUUCAUCAUCACAUUCCAAAACUUCAAACAUCAAAGAAAAUAAAAAUACCUCCCCAACAUCUCCACCAUCACCAGCCUCAUUGUCUGGAGGUGUGGUGAGGAGACAGCGGAAGCAAACUUCCAGUGACCAAGUCAGCAGUGAGGAGGAAGCAAAGAAAAGGUUGAGUAAAGAGGAGAUAGAAGCUGCUCUAGAAAGAGCAGAUACAUAUCUUGCCAGUAUCAGUUCACCAGAAGAAGAAAAAGCAGACCAGAUCAAAAAGGAAGCUGACUCCUCUCGCCAGCAUAGCAAGGCUGAAUCGGCUGCAGCCAGAAAGCAGUUCUUGUAUGGGACUGACCCUUCAAAACCAUCACAUGCAUCCAACGAUGUUGCUAGCAGUCUGGAUCACCCAGCUGAGAAUACUAGAGUACAUGAAGAAUUAGAAGUUAAUGAAAUACCAGAUUCACUUCUGUUGUCAUCAUCAGUUCCUUCGCUUACCUCAUCCAUUCCACAUUCUUCUGUGAAAAGCACUGCAUCUGUCACCCUGAGGUCUCCAUCAUCAUCAAAUGAAUCCUUGGAUUUGGAAGCUUUACCCGACCUUCCACCACCGUCAUAUCACGAGGCCACAGAUCCUCCACCUUACCACGAAGCCACAUCUCCGGUCUCCAUGCUCAUCUCACAGAAGGUGUUCAUGUCGCAGCAACAAAAUCAAAAUGUACCAGCAAACUCCUCACUGCCUGUGGUAGCACCUCAGCCCAUACCUGUCCCUCGGCGUAUAGUCCCACCUCCUCCUCUACCCAAGAAGCCACCGAUUGGAAGUGGUGAUGACCUGGGAGUACCUCCUCCUGCUCCAGAACCAGGACCUUCAGAGUAUAUCCCUGAUGUGGAUUCAGCAGCUGAGGUCAGAAUUGCAGCAGUGCUGGAUAGCGACCCUGGAGAUGACUUGAUUCUUCCAGAAGAGCACAUAGCUAAACAUGACGACCUGGA